UAAUCUUACCUAAUCUAAACCCUUAACCUUAGCCUUAACUCUAGCCUUUUAUUCCUGUAUCCCAAAUCAAGAACAAAUAGCUUGUGUACUACUUCCUCAUAGAUUCUGACGAUACAGCCUGUUUUACAUUGAUUGAUAACAGCAGAUGCUCUUACCCAGUCAGGGCAUUCAACUAGCGUAAGGUAGGUAAGACAACCACAUAUCACAGCCAUUGCAGGUUGUGUCCUCUACUGAAAAUGAAGAACAAAUAGCUUGUGUACUUGCUCAUAAAUGUGCAAGUACACAAGCUUGCACAUUUACCUUAGCCCUAGUAACUCUGACCUUUCUCUGACCUUUCAAUCCUUAUCCUUAUCCCACGUUAAGAACAAAUAGCUCAAGCAGCUUACACUUAUCCCUAACCUUGCUCAUAAAUUCUGACGAUACAGUCCUCUACUGUUGCUGCAGUGUCAUGAGUAGCAGUAUAUAAGGGCUGUACAGAGGUCAGUGUUGACAGACAGAGCCAGACCUGAGGAGACGGAGACAGCACCAUGAAUCUGACCCAGGACCAGUUAUCAGACCAGCUCAGCUUCACUCCUCUGCUGCAUGUAGGAAAGGCCAGACAGAACAGCAGUUACAGCUUCUACGACUCCUUCCUCCUCCCCUCCUCCUCCUCAUCCCUCCUUUCCUCUGACUCUCUCCUCCAUCCAUCCUCCCACCUCCCUUCUUCCCUCUUUCCUCCUGAUCCCUCCCUCCUCCCCUCCUCCCUCCUCCCUCCUGAUGAUUCAGAGCUGACCAGUUUGUUAUGGACGGUCCAUGAGCCUACCACGGUGGCUCUGACCCUCAUGUACUGCCUGUCCUUCCUGGUGGGGUUCGUAGGGAACAUCAUGUCAAUCAAGGUGCUGAUCAACCGGCGUAGCGAGCGGCUAGCCGCGGUCAGCGCCACCCGGUACCUCCUGGUUAAUCUGGCGGUGUGUGACUUGGCUGUGGUGUGUGUGUGUAUGCCCAUAACACUGGGCCACCAGAUCUACUCGGCCUGGGUGUACGGGGACUUCCUGUGCCGAGCGGUCCCCUUCACCCAGGCCGUCUCCGUGUCGGCUAGCGUGCUAACACUCACUGUCAUCAGCGUCAACCGUUACUUUAGCGUACGGUGCCCGCUCCGUGCCCGCUCCCUCUUCACUCGCCGACGAAUCCUAGCGACGGUCGCCGUGGUGUGGGUGGUGUCAUCUGCGAUCUGCGCCCCAUUGGUGUUCAUGAACCGGCGAGAUGAGAUCAGCCUGGGGGUGUCGUUUGUGAUCCCUGUGUGCCAGGAGGUGUGGCCGGGGCCACGUCUGAAACAGGGCUACACCGUCCUGCUCUUCGUGGCGCUCUACUGCAUUCCCGUGACCUUUAACCUCACCAUCGGCUUCCUGACUGGCCGCCGGCUCUGGGGGGACGGGAAACGGACGUUUACGGAACUCGACUCCCGAAGCCGAGCGCUGCACACUGAGCGCCUCAAGACGAGGAAGAAGAUCGCCAAGAUGGUGGUGGCCCUGGUGCUGCUUUUUGCAGUUUCCUGGCUGCCCCUGUAUCUGGCUGAGUUCUGGAUCGACCGAGUGCAGCAUCCGCCAUCUUGGCUCAUGCAGACCCAGCCCUUUGCCCAGUGGCUGGGACUCACCAACUCCAGCCUCAACCCUAUCUGCUACUGCUUCAUAGGUGAUCUCCACCGCGGGGCCAAGGUGUUCCGUACCCACUACCACCGCCGGAUCGCUGCUCUCUUUGGCUCCUCCUUCGCCAACGCCGCCACGACCACCGCCGCCGAGGGAGGAGUAGCCGCGGCAACCGUGGCCGCGUCCACGGCAGCCAUUCCUAAGUUGUUUACCUUCUCCAGGGGGCAGGGAGCAGGCAAGAUGGAGGAUGGGUCUGAGAACAGUCUGUCUGACUGGUACAAGUCCAGCGCCAGUGUGUGUGAGAGCUCCCUACCACCCAGUCAUCCUGACACACCACACACACACUCUCUACGGACCGUCUGUGUGGACAGAAUGGACACCUCCCCUUUAAAUAGAGACUGUGGGGGUAGGAAGGACACACUCCCUUUAAGAAGACACUCUGAGAAUGAACGAAGGGACACCCUCCCUUUAAGGCCUUUAGUAUCUGCGGACAGAAGGGACACCUUGCAUUUAAGACUGGCCUUUGAGGACAGAUUGGACACCCAGAUUGGACACCUCCCUUUAAGGCGAGUCUUGGACAUCUUCCCUUUAAGGACUGACUCUGUGGACAGCAGAGUGGACACCUCGCCUUUAAGACCAGAUUGUGGGGGUGAGAAAACAUACAACCUCCCUUUAAGAGUGGACACCUCUCCUUUAAGGCGAGACUCUGGGGACGUUAUAUCGGAGCAUAUAACAAGCCUGUGAAACCUGUGGAUUAUCAGAUGAAGUCAGAGAGAGACAGAGAGGCCUUGGAGGUAAUCACCAAUCUAUAGGGGAGAUGAUCACUGAUCAACGGGAGGGAUAAACACACACACACAUCCUGAAUCGAUAGACUGUCUGUUGUAUCAUCAACACAGUGGGACCUAUUUCUCUCCCUACAGACAGUUAAGAAACUACUCCCAUUGGUUCCCUGCCUGUGAUUGACAACCCACGGUGAUCCCGCCCGCUGUGGUGUUUACAAAGCAGUUUAUCCUCCGUUAGUCGGGAUAGUGUGCGUCCCAAAUGGCACCCUAUUCCCUACAUAGUGCACUACAUUAGACCAGAGCCCAUAGGGAAUAGGGUGCCAUUUAGGACGUAGCCAUGGACUAUCAUUACCGCCCCAUGUUGUCUCUUUAUCCAGGCAGGGGUCUGUAUGUCUGUCUGUCUGUCUGUCUGUCUGUCUGUCUGAUAGGCUUAUCACAGCACUGGGACACAUUCUAUCACAAGGGAAAGAAAUGAUUCAUAACACUGUGUGAUUAUUGACAGAGAUUUGUAACACCGUUGUCGUUCUGUUUACAUGCUGACAGACAGCAGCAGAGAACUAAACUGGAUGUGAUUCAUUUAAACUGAACAUUACUUAUUAUAAUGAUAAUAAUAAUUAUUACUAUGUUCUGUCCUGUCCUGUGUCACA